CUAGAUAUCCAUCUCUUUGCUUCUUUCUCACCCUGCAUUACACAGAGCUUUUUUUCUGCUCACCCCUAAAUGUUGCUCUAGCGCGAAGGUUUUGGAUUCAUUGGAUCCGCAGUCUGUCCGGUUUUGCAGUGCGUUUUGCGAGAGCAUCAUCUGAAAUGGAUUACGGACCUUUAUGACGAACAGUUCUGUGUGCUGCCGCAACAUUUUAAACUGUUGACAUAACUCGGGACUAAAACAAUGAAUCGAUGAUAGAGCGAUGAUAUGAAUUAACUCUUUGAGGUUGAGGAAAGCAGAGGCGCAUAAGAUUGGUGAGGGGGUUGUACUGCGUAUCGUGUCGAAGAAACAGAAGGAAAAGGGCUUUAUUAAACACGUUUGUUUUUACCGCGAGUUUUCUUGUUGAAGUUUGCGGUGCUCUUUGUUUUGUUAAGGAGCGAAACAAUGCGCAAAUGAACGGAAACGGAUAUUCUGAUAACUGUUCUUUAGAGAUGGACGGGAGAUUUGUAAACCUUUCCCCUGUAUGAAUCUUUUCACGAUAACACUGGAAAGGUGGAGCGAUCGGGGAAAGCUAAUGACGGACCUAUUAAUCCAUCACCAGAGGGGUUUGGAAACGUUUGGAUGGAAAUCGGACGAAUGUUUAAAUCUUUCUCUGGUUUUAUACGAAACUACUAAUGAAUAGUUCCCUGGAAUCUCCAUCGCAGCGGUUAAUACAAAUUGGCAGUGAAUUGAAUUAAGGGCUUUGAAAUGUUGACACAUUUGCUGUGAAUCAUUUGCCAAUAUCGAUAUUUUCUUCUGAAAGUAUUCCGAUCUAAAUGGAAUUAGUUGAGAAAGCCCUUUGUGAAAGGAAUAGACAUGGUACAUGGGAACAGGUUCCUUUACGUUGUUGCAGGUCUUCUCAUGCUUGGGUCGUCUGGGGCAACAAAGAAAGAAGCAGUGAAAAACAAUUCAGGGGUACAGCCUCCAGGUCAGUGUGGUACCUGGGUCAAAGAAUCAGAGGGAGGCCUCUUCACGUCACCCAAUUACCCAAACAAAUACCCACCAGAACGAGAAUGCAUCUACAUCAUUGAAGCUCCCCCGAGACAAUGCAUUGAUCUCUACUUUGAUGAAAAGUACUCCAUAGAACCUUCAUGGGAAUGUAAAUUUGACCAUAUUGAAGUCCGGGACGGGCCCUUUGGUUUUUCUCCAAUAAUUGGACGCUACUGCGGCCAGCAGAACCCUCCAUAUAUCAGAUCAAGUGGGCGCUACCUAUGGAUAAAAUUUGUUGCUGAUGGUGAAUUGGAAGCGAUAGGAUUUUCUGCGAGCUACAAUUUCACAGCAGAUCCUGACUUUAAGGACAUAGGAGUCCCCAAACCUCUUCCCUUUUGUGAAUUCGAGAUGGGAGGACCAGAAGGCAUCAUUGAAUCACAGCAGAUCACCAAAGACGGCAAAGCCUUGCAGACAGAGGCAGUGGACUGCAAGUGGUACAUUCGUGCCCCUCCUCGCUCCAAGAUCUACCUGCGUUUCUUAGACUACGAGAUGCAAAACUCCAAUGAGUGCAAGCGUAAUUUUGUGGCGGUGUAUGAUGGCAGCAGCUCGGUGGAAGACCUGAGGAAUAAGUUCUGCAGCACAGUGGCCAAUGACAUCAUGCUGGUGACCGCGCUGGGCGUGGUCCGCAUGUGGGCCGACGAGGGCAGCCGCAAGAGUCGCUUCCGUAUACUCUUCACUACCUUCCAAGAGCCUCCCUGCGAGGCAAAUACCUUCUUCUGUCACAGUAACAUGUGUAUCAAUAACACACUGGUGUGCAAUGGAAUACAAAAUUGUGUGUACCCCUGGGACGAGAACCACUGCAAAGAAAAGCGGAAGGCUAACAUCUUGGACAACCUCAACAACACAAACAGCACCAUUAUUGGUGUAACAUGCUGCAUCGUUCUAAUCCUGUUGGUGGUAUCGGUUAUCGUUCAGAUCAAGCAGCCGCGGAAGAAGUACAUCCUGAGGCGCGAGGACUUCGACCCCACCAUGUUCCAAGAGGUGUUCCAGGAGCCGCCUCAUUACGAACUUUGCACCCUUCGUAGCGCGGCGGCCACCUCUGCGGAUCUGGCCGAGCUGGCCGAGGACUUCGAGAGCUACCACAAGCUCCGGCGCGCUUCCUCACGCUGCGUCCACGAGCACCACUGUGGUUCUUCGCAGGUGCCUAGCUUAAAGGGCAGCCGCGGAAACCUCAGCGCCCGUGAGGCGGCGGCGGCCAUACUGACGGACCUUCCGCCGCAACCGGUGCGGCCGCUUCCUCCUCAGACCAACCGCAGGAACAUUCUGGUGAUGAGACACACAUACUCACAAGACGCCACAGAUGCCUGUGACCUGGAUGAUGAGCUGGAGGAGGUUCCUACAACCAGCCACAGGCUCUCCAGACAUGAGAAAGCAGUGCAGCGGUUCUGCCUCAUUGGGUCUCUUAACAAACAUGAAUCUGAGUACAACACAACUAGGGUGUAAGGGACAAUCUGAAGCUCGCCGUUGUCCUUUUUGCACAGCUGUCCAACCACAGUGAAGGAGAGGUGGGACAAACACUACAUUGACCAACCAUCACAUACACAACAAUGGAGAAGUUAAUAUUGCUGGUUACUACAUUUUAUAACGGUCUAAUCAAUAAUAUUAUUGAAAAUAAGACACUAUAGAAACAUAUAACUGUCAUGAAAGUUUUCGGAAGGUCGAAUUGACACAUAUAUUUACGAAUGUUUCAUGAAUGAGGCCCAAUGUCUUUAUGGGUUCUGAUGUUGUGUUUAUAAAUUGUAAUUUUAAGUUAAGUUGUAAGUUGUAAAAUUAAUGCAUACAGUUAUUUUUAUAUGCUAUUCAGAAAACCCUCAAAACCCAAAUUUCAGCAUUACAGUUGUUGCCAUCAAUGCAAUUUUGAUAUUCAUAAUUUUGUUUUUGUCGUGACUUAAUCGGGAUGGCAUCAGUUUCGGAUAUUAAGUUCACCCGGUAAUAUUUUCAUUUCUUUACAGGCUGUUACCUUACACCUCACCUAAGAUUGACAACAUAAGGAACUUUGACCAUCUAAUGGAAACAUCCUCAAAGAAUUUGAGGAAACCCGAUUUAAAGGGGUUCAGCAUUGUGGUUGUUUUUGUCAAUCUUUAGUGAAUUUGAUGGUGAAAUUCUGUGGCACCAACUUGUAUUCUUGUAAGUAGCUAAAAACUGUGAAGCUCUUGGGGACUCUAUCAAACAUUGGACUGAAACUGAAUACAAACUGAUGUACAUUGUUCAUUCAGUGGAUUUUGAAUCAGACAUGUUUUUGUUUCCUCUGAUUUGACCUUGCGGGGUUAUAUUGUAAUGCUCAGAUUAUUUUUCAAUACAAAUUGUAAUGUCUUAAGUAUAGGUGCAUACAAUUUGUACUUUGCAAAGAGCGUAGUUGAACAACUUUAACAUAUUCUGAAACCAUAAGGUGCGAUACUUGAACCAACUGAUAGAAGGGUGUAGUCUGUGUUCCUGUCAGUCCUGGAGUAAUUUUACUGUGAUAGUUCUGAGAUCCUGUGAUUUGACUGGUUAGCAUAUCAGAAGUGUAAACACAAGACAUAAUCACAAAGAAAACCAGUUGGUCUUGUCUAUGCAUACAUUUCAAGAUCAAAAAUACCCAGGAUUUAGAUCAUUUAUAGUUUCUUACUGAUGAGAAAGUGGUGGAGAACAACAUGUUCGAAUAGUUCCUUGACACUUCCGAUGUGAGAAACCUUAACAACAAAACGUAUUUAGUUAGCAAUUCAUUUGAUUGAUGCUGGAAAGAAUGUUUUAAAUAAAGUGAA